CUCCCUCUCUCUCUCUGUCUAUCGACAGCAGACAUGCGCUGUGACCAUCCUCUGACACUUGUCUAUCUGGCCCUUCAAAGCCCGCAGCAGCUCACCCCCAGCGACCCUCUGGGAAGAACAGGGGCCCGCGUCACUACCGCUACUACCACCACUGCCACUGCCACUGCCCAUCGCACUGCUGCUGCUGCCCCUGCUAUACGACUUGCCGGGCCCAUAGAGUUUGUCGAGGUUGGCCUGCAGGAAUGCGUACGACUCCUCGAGACACUCCAUCACUGCCGGCACACUGCUCGCGUCAGACAGCAUAUCCAGCAACACCAGCAGCUGGUCUUUCGCCGCCGACAUCUCCUCCCGACCCCCACCCUCAUCCUCAUCUCGCGUGUCGUUUGGCAGCGGCUCCGGCUCGUCCUCAUCUGGUGACCCUCCAGCUCCAUUGGUGCUGCCGUUGGUCCCCACCACGCCCGCCGCCCCUCCAUUGCUGCUGCUGGCAGGCAGCGCUUCGUCGUUCAUGCUGUGUGAGCGUGAUGCGUGUGCGCUGGCGAUGUCGCUCAUCUGCAGGGCAAACGGGAUGGGGACCGCAGAGGGCGACGGGGCCGAUGGGUGCACAGCAGCAGCAGCAGCACUGGCUGCAGAGGCGGAUGGCUGUGAGGCUGGAGAGGGUGUGUUGGUGUCAUCCUCCUCCUCUGUGCGGGGAGGGGCCGAUGGCCUCACUGGCGCAUUGGUCGGCGUGUGGAAGUCCGGCUCGUCGAGAGAGAGGGGGAGGAAAGGUGCCUGGCCGCUGUUCAUGUCGCGAGUCAUGAUGCGGUCCUCCUCCCGCCCCUGUGGCCGCUGCACCGUGCGCGAUGGAACGGGCCGCCUGUCGUUGCGGUGGGCGGGGGCCUUGGGUGAGGGGGGCGAUCGUGGGCGAUUGGGGGUCAGCUGGGGGUACCGGCCGCUAUAGGGCAUGUGGGGUAUGAAAGUCGUUGAGAAGAAGGUCCCAGGGCCGGGGGUGCCCUCCUGCAGACAGACACCACACAGACAGACAGACAGACGUGAAUGCAUGGAUAGCUGUGUGGCAUAGAUAGGCUCACUGUACUGGACUGACCAUCAUAGGCCGGUCAAGCCUUGCAUGUGGGUGUGGCGGCCGCCACAUCUGCUCCCCCGUUGCGGCGGCGUUAGCGUUGGCAUGGGGGCGAGGGCGGGUUGGCGGGGGAGGGGGGGCCGCGGGAGGGGGGGACCUCAUGCGCAUGCGUGCCUCUGCCCUGCUGCGCGCCUCUGGGUCGAUGAUGGCCGGCUGCUGGCGUGUACGCUGGCCCACCAGGAGAGAGAGCAUGGUGCGGCGGUCCUGCUGACGGGCGGCCAUGUCGAUGAGGCCGCCCUCCUGGUGAAUGGACACCGAGAAACCCACAUGUGUGCUGUUGUGAUCUCCCUCCCUCUCUCUCUCUCUGUGUGUCUGUGAGGGUGGCGGACUCACCGAUGGGUCGGCCUCUCUGACGUCUUUGCGGCACAGUGGGCAUGAGAGGGAGCGCUCGAACCACUUGUCGAGGCAUUGUUGGUGGAAUUUGUGCUUGCAGAGGGUGAUGCGCCGAAUGAGAUCGAAAUGCAGGAACGGCUCAAAGCAAAUCGAACACACCUGCAUUGCAUUGCAUCAAUGACCACAAAUACACAACAGACACAACAGCCAGGUGAACACACGACACGCUAGAGAGCCUGGCCGCGUCACGUGACUUACCUGGUCCUGGUCUGUCUUUUUGUCGUUGCCAAUGGUGCUGCUCGCCUGCUGGUCGCUCCGUCCCUCGUCGCUCGAGUCCCUGCCCCUCUUGCUGCUGCUGCUGCUGUCGCCAUCCGCCCCCGCCCGUCGCCUCUCUAUCUCCUCCCUCCCAUAUACCUCCACCACUGUGAACUUCCGGAGCAUUCUAUGAGACACACAAAAACACACGAACACACACACACACACACGCAUCCAUCCAUCCAUCCAUCCACAUGUGUGUGUUGGUGGGAGGUGUGUCAAGUCGGUGCUGACUUAAGGAGGGCGGAUCCGUGUGUGUCGAAGUCAUCGAUGAGAGAGGCGCGAAACCGCUCGUGCCUCUGCCUGCGUCUGCGAGCCGGCCCCAACACACGCUCGGCUUCGAUUAUCGCCUCACCUGACCACCACACCAUGCCGACAGACAGGCAGGCAGGCACACAUGGCGAGGUGGCAGGUGGCGUGGCGAAUGUGUGUCGAGUGUACAUACCGCGGCUGGAGGGGUCGCCGACCCACCGCACGGCCACGCGCAUGCCGUCGGGGGUCAGGAUGCUGCUGUCGUCAUUGUGGUUGGUGCCACCCGCACGGCCCUCACGAUCUAUCUCCUGCACGACAGACAGACACGACAUUUGUGUGUGGUAUGGAGAGAUGGAUCGGCUGUUGUGCUUUGCCAUGCCACCGACUGACUCACCAGGAGGACCAUGAGCGGCUCCGUCCUCCCACUCUCCCGGUGCUCCAGCCAUCUGUCCAGGCUGCCACUAUGCCCCGCACGAUCACCAUCACCCUCCUGAAGCACCGCCUGGGCCCAAUCCUGCGAAGCGGAAACAGCACACAGCACACAACAAAUACGUGGCGGCUACAAUCACUCCCACCAUGCGCUAAUGGCACCCACCUGCAGCGAAUGUCCCUGAGAAUGCCACCAUGUUAUCUGUUCCGAGUUGUAUCGGUGCAGCAGCGUCUCGAUGGCCCAAUCGGGGGACCUCUCGUGAUUAGGAUCGCUCCUCGAGAGCAGCGACCGCAGGACCGUCAGAUGUCUGUCUGCCGGCUGGUCGGUGCCGCCACCGAGUGCACUAUGCCGCUGAAGAGAUAUACAAAGGAAAACACACAGACGAUCGAGUGCGUGUCCGUGUCCGUAUGUCUGUCCAUCCGCCCAGGCCUGUGUGUGCGUGGCAUGUGUGCAUUCAUUCGGACGUACCCCCGUCACAAACUGAGGAAGAAGCUCGUUGAAGGGCAGCAUCGACAGAAACCGCUGGCCAAGCCCACCACCACCACCACCACCACCAGUACCACCAGUAACCGGCACGGGCUCGUCAAUGGCCCUCCGCCGGGCGGCCCUCGGCCCCUGCCCCCCCACCUCCCUCUCCUCCCUCCCGCCUCCUCCUUCAGCCAUCCGUGCGAAAGAGGGGGCGAAGGCAGGCAGCAGCGCAUAUACCUCGUCCAGUUCCUCAUCCACUGGCGGGCUCGAGGGACGCCCACCAUUCUCUGAGGGAUGACUGCCGCGGGGUGCGUUGGUGGAGCCGCCAAAUGCGUCCCAGAACCAUCGGGUGCGGCGCUCGGGUGAGGUGCGACUGGCCGUGUGUGUGGCCCCCGAUGGCUGUGGUCGGUCUGCGUAAGAGGACGAAAGGCGGGGCGGCUCGUGUGAUGAGGACGAGGGCUGAGGGCCGUUCAGUGACAGGUCAUGCGGUCUGCCCGCCAUCAGCCAGAGCCCGGGAAGAGAUCUUCGUCUCUAUUUGGCCUGGUCGUGUGUCGGUUGGCAGAUGAAUGGUCGUCCUACUGCUCGUGGCGACGGUAAUAGGGGAGGCCGCCCGUCGAUGUGGCCCGUGCUGUCCUCUUCAGAAUGAUGAAAUGAAUUCGGUUGAAGCUCCACUUAUCGCUCCACUCAUAGAGGAAGAGUGGUGUGUUGUUGAGUAGAGGGCUCCAGUGCGAUGGGUAGGUGAGUGGGAGGGAUCCGAG